ACGAUGGUGGUGGAGCAGCUGAGUGACUGUCUCUAUGGGAUCAAGUUUGAAGUGGAGGUGGAGAAACAGAAUUCCGAGCAGAAACUAGAGAAAUUGAUCCAGAACAAGUUGGAAGACUUGCAUGUUGGGGAAGACGAAGGAAGCUAUCUAAUUAGGGCCAACAGAGAACUGAAAGCACCAAGAGGGGAGUCUGGAUACAAUUCAGAGGAGGUGAAGCAAUGGCGGACAGAUCUCGGAAGAGGGGAGCGAAAGUUUGAAGGAGACCUGAAGCUGAGCAUUGACAGCCUAAAUGAAAUGGGAAAACUGGAAGUUGAACAGGAAGAAGUCAUUCAGAAGAAAGAGCUGGAGCUGGUGUUUGUGCAGGAUUUGGGCAGAACACGCCAUGGGGAAGAAGAGAGAAGAUGCACCUGAAGAGAUGCUGUGACCUGGUGAGCGGUGAGAACCCUGAGUGGGGGCAUGGGACCCAGCGGAGUUUGGAGGAGAUCGAAUAGUGUGAAGUGAAUAUUGCUUGAGCUCCAAUGAAUUAAUUGUGCACAGACUGAAUAAAGAUAUAGUGGCGUUUUUUUUAAAAUUAUAUUCUGGUUCUCU